UUCCUUAUCCAGACAAGAUUCCGGUUUUCUCAGUGAAAAAAUCUUCACGUGUACACCGAACACCGACGUCUAAGCUGUGGCUGAGCUGAGACUUGUCUCUCCCUCUCAUAUGCACUUCAAAGUUUCUUUUCGCCACCUUUGUCUCUGUACACAAAACCCCUACUAAAAUCCCAUCACCACCAGAACAAAAGAAACAGAAACCUGAGAACGAAAUACGGAAUCCAUUCAACUGAUCAUGACGCCACCCAGAAGUACAUCGGAAUCGGCCCGAAAAGCGACAGCCAUAACUGUCCAGCCAUCAUCCCCGAGAUUUCCUAUGUCUUCGUCGACAUCAACUGCCGUGGGGGAGACCUUGAGGGCUGGGGCUCACCGGAGGAUCGGGAUAGCGGUUGAUUUGAGCGACGAGAGCGCGUUCGCCGUCCAAUGGGCGGUGCAGAACUACCUGCGGCCUGGGGACGCCGUGAUCCUUGUCCACGUGCGACCCACCAGCGUCCUCUAUGGCGCCGACUGGGGAGCAAUGGACCUUGCCUUGCACGACCCAGAGAGCGAAGAGUCCCAACAGAAGCUUGAAGAUGACUUCGAUCUCCUCACCAACACAAAGGCCAAUGACAUUGCUCAGCCUCUUGUGGAGGCCCAAAUUCCCUUCAAAAUCCACAUAGUGAAGGACCACGAUAUGAAGGAGAGGCUGUGUCUGGAGGUGGAGCGGCUCGGCCUCAGCACCGUGAUAAUGGGGAGCAGAGGAUUUGGAGCCACUAGGAGGAGCAGCAAGAGCAGGCUGGGGAGCGUUAGCGAUUAUUGCGUGCAUCACUGCGUCUGUCCUGUAGUUGUCGUUAGGUUCUCCGAGGAAAAAGAUGGAGGAGGAUCAAAGGGUCCUAGUCCUGUAGCCGCGAAAACCGCAGCAGCGGGAGAUAAGGAGGGGCACCUGCUGUGUCCCUUGGUAGAGAUAGUGGAAGAGGAGGAGCCCCUGCAUGAAUAUCGCGAAUAACCAUAAGGUUAGAUUGGUAACCGAAUUUCCAUUGCUUUGUGCGUUGGUAUGCCAGCUGAUCUGAGAUCGAUUGCCAAUGAUGAAUGCUAUCAUCUCCUUCGCUCUAUGUCUCUCUCUCUCUCUCUGUGUUUCCUCUCUGUUUUGUUAUUCUUAGUCUAGACCAACGAUCCAGUAUCAAAGAGCAACAACCUAAUGGAUACGCAAACUCCUAUACGGUGGUAUUUCAGUGCCUAUAAGUGAGGUAUCCUAUCUUAGUUAUUGAGUAGAUUAAUUUCCUGAUUACUCUACAAACAUUGAGUUAUUACCACUCUUGUUCCCAAUAUUCUUCUAUUCUUUCUCUAAAGUCUUCACCUUCAUCCUCUAUUUCUCUUUAUCUAUCCACUAUUCUAUUCUCUUCCCUAUAUUUUCUCUGUUUCUCUAAGAGUAGUGGCCAACGAGCAGAGGAUAUUAAGUCAAUAUACAAGACAGAAUCGAACUAGGUGAUGCAGAAGAAGUGAUUUAAAUGUUCACUCUGGGUAUUGGAGUUAGAUUGUAUAACCUGGUGUUCUUUGAUUUUGUGAAUUUACAAUUAGCAUUCAUGAAGGAUGAGCAAGUUGUGGUCGUCCGAGCAUUCCUAGGAGCCACCAUAAAAUACCUCUCAAAGAAGGGAUUAUUAAAUUGUUGGAUCUAAUAGCUGGAAUGGUCAAAAACCACAUACAGGAUUGAACAGACGUUGAUACUUAACAUAUCACUCACCAUGUCCGCUGGUUGGAAUUCCAUUGUGUUCAAUACAAACUCCUUGGGUUGCAUUGUUGAAGUAUUGCUAUAUCUUGGGAAUAUCAACGUCAUAUGACUUUCAUAAUUGCUUGAAGGAACAAGUUUUCAUAGAAAUCCUUGGAUGAUUAGUGGUAGCAUUCUCGACAUUUUGGUCUAUAUAAACUAUGUUACACUCAAAAUAGCACAGCCUUUGUAACUGCUUUAGAUUAAAAAGAUCAGUAACUGUUAUUGCUUUGAUGCAUGUCGUUAUUGUUCUACCUGAUGGCACAUUUUACCAAUUGAAGCGUAGAUGGGUCUUCUAAACAAUUGGUUCUAUUGUAGAUCUUUCAUAUUACGGGACUUGCUGAGUAGGCAGUGAGAUGUCACAGAGGCAUCUGAAAGUUGAAAUGUUACUGGUUUGUGUUUGAACAUGUGUUCUGAAAAUUUUGGGUAGUGCCUUGA